AUCUCAUUUGAGUCGGAAAGCUCGCCGCGUUCACACGACAAUCGGCAGCGGAAUAUAAAGACCCAGAACAGAACCUAUAAGGCUUAUUCAUCCGGCGUAAUAUACAUAUCCACCGAUCGAGUGGCGACUAAUUCGUGCGUGUGUGAUAAGGAGUUAAUUGAUAAAGGAAGUGACGCUCCUACCCGCAUAAGCAAAAUAUCGCAAAAAAUGGCACUGCCCAAAAAAUUAGUUCUCUUUAGCAUUGGUCUUCUGGUGCUGCUGUUGGCGGAUUCCCAUGCCAAGCCCUCGCAGGAUUUGCCAAGUGCCCCGACGGAGCUAAGUGAUCUGGUCUCCCAAAAUCAGACACAUGUCGUAAAGGAUUCUGACGCAGAUAUGAAUUCUUCGGUAGAGUCCGAAGAGAAAUUAGAACCGCGUCAGUCCUAUCCCCACCGCGAUGAAGACCAACUUAACUCGGCCACCAAUGUUGUCCUAGCCGGAAACUACAAGUACGAUGUGGAGAUCCUCGAGUCCGGUGACGAGAGUCACUCGGCGGAGAGCGAGGAGCUGGAGGAGCGAUUCAAGGGCAGGGGAGUGGUCUUCAGCUCGGACAGCGACACCUUCGCCUCGGAGAACAUCGAGGUGACGCCCGUCGAUGUGCAAGCGGAUGCCGUCAGCGAGGGUCAUGUGCUGCUCGGUAUCGUGGUGGUGGCACUGGCCUUGGUUUCCAUCUGCCUGUAUGCCGGCCUGGUCAUAUGGCGUUCGCAUCUGGAGCAGCGGUAUGGAAUGCGAGAGCGACUGGUGAACCGGGAUCUGGAGGAGGAGGCCGGCAUCGACGACGCUGAUUAUCAAGUCUACGCUCCGACCACGACGACGGCCACGCCCCGGGCGUAGUCAGUUCGAUCUGGUCCGAUUAAAACCGAUGCAGCGCGCGAGAAUUGGGCCUGGUUUUAGUUAGCGGUUGAGAGAGCGGUCCAAUCCAAAUCCAAAUGACAAAGACGGUGACAACGAGGAUGGAAAUAGACAGAACUCGAGCAAUUGUCUAUAAUGAAUGCCAUAAAUUUCCACGACAAGCUGAAAAGCAUUCCGCUUCCCAAUUACCCUCUAAUGGUGGUGCUAAAGGUCGUCUAGACUUUCAAAUAGCGCACUUGACAACGCCAAUUAGUUAUUAAGUUUCUGUGAUAUUGUUCUAGAGAUUCUUUUGUACGUCCUUUCACUAACAAUAUGCAUAGAACCAACGUAAUUGAUAAUAAAAUAACACCAAUAAUUUUAAAGAGA